AUGCCAGCAUCCAUGGCUAAGUCACAGGCAUUGGCUGUAGCACUGCUGCUUGUCCUGGUGGUGUCCCUCACCGCAAUAAAGGGUGUUCAUGGCAUCUGUGGCAUGUCGAAUGACGAAUUCAAGCUUUGCCAGCCUGCGGCAGCAAUGGAAAACCCAACAGAGAGUCCGUCAGCUGAGUGUUGUGCCGCGCUCGGGAAGGCCAACCUGUCGUGUAUUUGCCGCUACAAAGGCAUUGCCGGCAUAUGGCUGAGGAUGUACCACAUCGACGCGGACCGUGCUAUGGCGCUACCCGGCAAAUGCAGCCUCACCGUGCCCAGCAACUGCUCGUGA